AUAUAUGUAUAGUUAAUGCGUAAAAUAUUUCUUUGACAAAAAUGUUGAGCAAGUUUUCGAGUAACUGGCGCGACUAAAAGUAGAGAUUUACUAACGCGCAAAGGGCUCGAAUAAGCGAUAAAAAUCAUAUUUUAUAUAAAUUGAAACCUAAGUAAAUAAAGUCUAAAAAAAUCAGGAAAUGUACUAUUAAAGUAUUUGCAAAUUGCAAUAAAUGCUUACUACUUAUCUCGUUCAUCAAGAAAGAAUCUGUAUAAUCUUUUGAUAAAAUGUGAACAAUAUUUAAAUGACGAAUAUAAAGAUUCAAUAUGAAAAUGUAAAUAUGCGUAUUACAUAAAUUUUUCUGAUGAAUAUAUUUAUCGUUUCUGAACUAUGCGAAAUAGCGAUCCGAGUUUAGUUGCAUCUAGAAGUACAAUUAUUAAUUGAACGUUUAGUGAGCUUUUGCAUUUAAUAUAUUUUUUUAGAUAUGAUAGAAUAUACCAGUUGAAUACAAAAGUUUAUUAAGUGUUCAGUGAGCGAUUUGUAUUUUCGAAUACGCUCACAAAUUCAUAACCUCUUAGUAAUUACAUCACUGUUUCAUCUUUUCUGCACAAUUUUUUUCAAAGUGCAGAGUCCAAUAUAAUUGUUGCCAGCCAGUGAUAAUGACGAACGAUCGUCGUCAAAGAUAUAUCGAACAGUUAUAGCAAAUGCAAAUUAAGAAACACCAAGGUGUUUGCUUUAGACUUACCUCACAAAAUUGCUUUUAAACUACAGCUUUGAACACGAAAGUUUCCCAGUAUCUAUUCAAAUUACUUACCGCUUUAUCCCUACUGUUAUGCAAUUGUGAUUAACAUUACAAGUAGUAAUUAAAAAGCAAAGUAAGGAGCAAGAUUUUUUUGAAAGAUCAUGGAUAUCAUUGUAAAGUUAAACGAGCAAACAGCAGGAAGGGACAAAAUAAUAAGAUUACUUCAAUAUGGAAGUCGAGCAUAUUGGUACUAUGCACAAAAUGUACAUAGCACAAGAUACUCUGCAGAAAUUUUGAGGAGUUUGGAAUUCACUUUUAGUUCAUUUCGAAAAUUGCUGCGUUUUGGAAGAUGUUUAGAUAGCUUCUAUUUUGCUCUAAAAAUGAUGAAGUAUCCCGAUCCAAUGGUGAGGAUAACAUUGAUUAUGGCAAAGAUGACAAAUGCUUUGUAUUUAUUAGCAGAUCAUUUUAUUUGGAUUGGUAGAGUAGGGAUUGUACGAAUCAACUUAGAAAAAUGGAAUAGAGUUGCUAAUAAAUAUUGGUUGCUAACUAUUGUUAUGAGUUUGAUAAGAGAUAUUUAUGAGAUUAUCAAGAUUUUAGAACAUAAGAAAAAUAUAUUUAAACAACAUCACAUAUUAUCUUGUCUAAAAAAUCACAAGGAAGUAAUGAUGGAUACUAUUAAAAAUGGAUGUGAUCUAUUUAUUCCACUGACAGCUUUAGGUAUCACAAAAUGUACUCCAGGUACAAUAGGCUUACUUGGAAUAAUUUCUUCAUUUAUUGGCUUAUAUACAAUUAUUAAUCCACUUUAUAAAUUAUCUCCAUCUUAGGAUCAAAUAUUUCAUAAGUUCCAUUCUUAUUAUAUUCCUAGUAUACUAAGGCUGCGUUUGGCUAUCAGCACUAUC